CUACGAGUUAUACCAAUACCCAUACCACCCUUGCAGUAUUCACUACUCAGUUCGCACCAUCACUUCAUCAUAAUCAAGUCGUAGAAGUGGUUCCCAGCGAAAAAAAAAUAUACAUAUAUAUAUAUAUAUAUGUUUUUACCAAUUUUCUAUUGUCUAUUUAACGAAUUUUAUUAAUUUUAAUUAAAUAAAUAUUAAUUUUUUUUCUGUAGUGAAUAAUUUUGAAAAUAAAAUAUUGUGAAUAUAAUUUUUUUAUUUUUGAACUUUAUUUUUUUAUCUGUAAUUUUUCAUCUUAUCUUAUCCAAAAGUGUUGUUGGUUUUUCAAGUAAAUGGAACUUGAUAAUUGAAACUGGAGUGAAAUAAUUUUGAGACCGAGGAACAAAUAUUAGACGUACCUUUAACCUCAGUAGUCGGUCUUAAACUGAACAACACAAUGGAUUCAGGAAAUCAAAAUUUUUGUUUAAAAUGGAACAAUCAUAAAACAAACAUGAUAGAUGUAUUUGAAGAAUUGAGACAAAAUGAGAACUUCACAGAUUUAACAUUUGUCUUAGAUACUGGAGAAAAAUUAAAGUGUCAUCAGAUUGUUCUUGCGGCUUGUUCAGGAUUUAUUCAAGAAAAUUGUCACAUGAUUGCACCCAUUGAUCAAUUCAUUAUUAUUUUGAGCAAAGAAACUAGAUUUAAGGAUCUUGUCGCUUUAAUAACAUAUAUAUAUAGAGGAGAAGUAAAUGUUUCAGCAGAAGAUUUACCUGAAUUUUUGAAACUUGCAGAAAGUCUUCAGAUCAAAGGAUUAAAUGGUCUAUCAGAAAAGAAAAUUGAACCGAAUGUGCCUGUAGACGAUGAACAGUCACUACGAUUUGAAAUAACUAGUUCAUCACCAUCAACAUCUAAUACAUCAGCAAGAAAUGAACAAAAUCACGUGUCCCCUUCCACAUCGCGAGAUAAUUUAUUCAAUUCACUGGUUACAAAUCAUAAUUUAAUGCAUAAUUCAGGAUUUUGGAAUAUUCCAGCUUUUUCAUUUCCACAACAUGGACUUUCUCCAUAUCAUUCACAAAUUUCGGCUCUCAGUAGAUCUUAUGAACAAAGUACAUCGCCAUUGAUGAAAAAAAAAUUAUCUUCAAUGAUGGCUAAUAUGGAUACACCCAUUUUGAGAACUGUUUUAGGAAAAGGCAAUGGCACUGAACAUGAAACAAGACAAAAAAAUGUAACACCCAUCAAUGAGAUCAGCAGAAGAUAUAGUUCAGAUUUUUCACGAAAUGACAGUGUAUCAAGUCCUACAGCUGAUAUGGAAGAUGAAGAUAGACAAACUUCUCCUCCAAAAAAAAACAAUAGCUACAACACAUCAACGGCACGAGAAUGGAAACGAUAUAAACAAUAUACACGUGAGGAUAUUAACAACGCUAUAAUGGAAGUAAAGCAGGGAGGUUUAAGUGCUUUGAAAGCAGCUCGAAAAUACAAAGUACCCUCACGUACUUUAUAUGAUAAGGUGAAAAAAUUAGGCAUUCGUACCAAUCGCAACAGAAGAAGUUCAGCUACAAAUUCACAUAUCGAUAAUGGCAGUGCUCAAUUUCCUUUUGGUAUUGGCGGUAAUGUAAAUGGAAGUAUUUAUAGAAACUCUUAUUCCUCUUUGGAGGAACAAAAUUCUUUACUACAUUCAAGGCAAAAUAGUCCAAGUCCCGUUAUUGAGAAUCUCAAAGAAAAUGAAAAUUUUGAUAAUAUGGUUGAAGAUUUGUCGGUAAAAUCUAGAAAAGAGGUAAGAAAUAAUGAUGUUUCUAUGGUUCCCAGUGAUGAUAUAGUUGACGCUUCUCAAAAAGAUGAAGUUCUUGAAAGUCAUAAUUGACAAGAAAUGACAUACGUAUACUAAUCGAUUCAUUCAUCUGCAUAAUGUUUUCGUUUAUAGAUUACAUAAUAAAUUUCUUAUUCAUUUUCUUUCUGUUUAUUUGCAACUUAAGCAAAGUGAUUUUUUAAAGAUUGUUAUGAAGACUGAUAAUGAUUAAUUUAAAUUGUUUAAACUUUCAAAAUUUUCAAUGAAAUCUAUUUAAAACAAUGAUAAUUGAAAAAAGGAGCAUACAAUUCACUACAAUUUUGAAGCAUAUCAUGUUCCAUUAAAAAUGGUUUACAAUAUUAAUAGAAGAAUUUAUCAGUAAAAAAAUAUUUAUUUCAAACGAAGAAUUAUUUUUUCUUUUUCUUUCGUUCAUUUUAAAAUUAAAUAUUUUUAACAAUGAACAGUAACUGUGUUAAUAAUCGCAACCAAUUAAUUUGAUUAUUAUAAAAUUUUAAUUUUGAAUUUGAGACAAAGGUGAAAAUUGUUUACACAAAUACUAAAUGACUAUUCAUUAAGACCUAUAAUUAUACUCUCUGGUUUGACAUUUGUAGUUACCGUUAUGAAGUUGUACAAUAGCGUUAUGCUAUCUCUUAUUUUUUGUCUUUAUUUAUAAAAGUAUUAAGGGCUAAUGUUUACUGUUAAUUAGGUUACAAAAUGUUCCUAUCUUACAUUUAAUGUUUUAGAUAGGAGAAAAAUAUUGAUAAACGCAUAUAUAUAUAUAUACACAUAUACACAUAUAUAUAUAUAUAUAUAUAUAUAUAUAUUUAUUUAGUAGUUUAAAAAAUAUAAUUGUUAUAAUUUUAGAAUUAGCAAUAAUUGAUUAUAGGCAAUGGCCAUGGGAUACGGAUGCAAUAAUCCUCAAUUAUAAUAUUUAGUUACAAAAGCAUCAGCAACAAAUUUUUGUCAUUAUGUUCUUUGGAAAGUAUUCUUGAUUAAAUGCCCCCAGUAAGAAUUUAUAAUUAUGCAUUCCAGUGUUGUUAUAACUCACUGACACAAUCCACAAGUUUAUAAUCAUGAAAAUUCGACUUUCCAUAUUCCGAUAUUAUUUAAUGGUUUUAAAUAUAAUACAAUAGAUUGAGUAAAUAUUAUACUUUUGUAACGAACUUUUGUUCUUAAGAAUUGUUAUAUCAUUUUUACUAUAAUUAAUUUGAAUAUUGCGAAUAUAAAAAUCUACCUCCACAAGUACAAAAACAAUAUGUUAGGAAACUUAAGACUGAUAAACCUUAUGAAUGGAAGACUGAAGGUUAAAGCCGAAUAGCAUGAAUUGAAACUUUAAGACUGAUGUGCCUUAAAACCGUUACGUAGUGUCAACUGCAUUGUUAUCUUCAAGAAACAGAAAAAUGAAACUAGAAUUUAAAAUAAAAUUUGUUAUUUUAAAGAAACAGAUAUUUUUUAAAUUUAAAGAAGUUGGAGGAUUAGGCUGAUAAUAAUAAAGUUAAAAUUUUUAUGUUACCUAAUUUUCUAACGUCUUUAAAUUUUGUAAAUUCAUUCUGAUAUAAUUUUGAUAAUUAUGUGUUUAUGUUUAUGUUAUUGAAGAGUAUACUUCACUAUAGAGCAUUUUAUACCUAAUAUAUAUUUAUAGAAUAGAUAUGUAUAACAGAUAUUGUAUAUGUGCGUGUGAUUUAUAUAAUCAGUUCAUAACAGAACUGCAGAAACAUAACCUGUUUUCUUUUCAAUAAGUAACAAAACAAUAAUAUUAUAUACUUUUCAAUAAUUGUAGACUUUUUUAAUUAGUAAAUAAUGUUAAAGCAUCUAAGAAAACAAUACAAAAAUGGUCUCAAAAUGCUAAAAUGCAAAAAUGGAAAUUAUAUACAAUCACAUUAUAUAUACAAAAAAUGUCAAACUAUUAGAUUAAGGAAAAUUUACUUUUACCAGUAGUACUUAUAAAUUGCACGUUAAAUAUCUUCUUUAAAGAAAAAAAUGAUUAAGAAAGCUUUAAAAAGUUAAGUCUGAGGAUAUAUAAAUAAAUAUGAAACUUUUUUAAAAAUUAAAGACACUAUUACUUGCUUGUUUAUUAAGAAAGAGAUUGAUUAAAUGUUAUAUAGUAAAAUUACUUAUUAACUUACUCUAUUUGAAGUCAUGGUCGACAAAAUAAGUAAAUAAAAUUUUUCUCACAAAAAUUUUAAAGGUUGUGUGAUUCUUGUGAUUUCAAAUGUAAAUAUUUUCACAGGUUUUCUCGCAAAAUAUUUGAUAGAUUGUGCUAAAUUUUUACAAAGAACUUAAAAAUAGCAUAAGAAAUAGAUGUUAUGUGCCAGAGUAUUAAUAUUUUAUAAAAAAAUUUAUUUAAAAAAAAUUGAAUUUGAAUUUGUGCUCGGCAAUAAAUUCGGUGUUCCCGCCCUUGGUACAUAAUAUACUAUUUAAGUACUCCACAAAAUUUUAGCUGAAUCUAUCAAAUAUUUUGCGAGAAAACGUACGGAGAAUAUUUACAUGUGAAAAUACAUCAAUCAUAUGACCUUAAAUGUCAAAGUUAAUCAAACUUAACCAAUUUGAUUUUUGCAACAAAUAAUUUGUCAUUAUAUUUUGAUAUUGUUAAAUAAACAAUAUCACAAAAUGUUGUUUGGCCAAGCCACUGUAAAUUAUAUUUAAAUGUUAGUUUAUCACAAAGUGACAAUAUGGUAUUUUUUAAACGUGAUGGUGUUUAUUUAACUAUUAAUUAUAUGUAUAUGUAAGUACGAAUAUUUCCACAAUAUGUCGGGAAUAAAAAUUAGUCCAGCCGUUUAACUUUCAAAUUAAUAAAAAUCUAAAUUAAUGUUAUGUUUAGUUUUUUUAUGUGUGCAGAAAAAUUUAAUUAGAUAAAUAGAUACUGAAUUUUAAUAUAUUAAAAAAAUUCUGUUAUUACGAAAAUUUACAUUAAUGUUUUGGAAGUUAACUUUCAAGAUAUUGUUAUGUUAGAUUUUUGCUGAAAAAUCUUAUAUUUGAAAAAUAUAACGUCUAGCCACUAAAAAUAAAAAUUUUAUCUGUAUGAAAAAGAGGCCUUUUAUAUUUAGUAAGACUGA